AUGAUUGUCAGCCUGACCCCAGUCGUGGCAUCCAGUGCUCCGCAUCUCCCUGCAACUCCUCCAGCCGUGCCCUCUGAGGACUGCCCUCAAACACCCGCAGCAGGGCCCUCCAGGCACCUUCGCCGCCUUUCCUCAGAGGGCCUGAGCUGCAGGGAACUAAAGAAACAAAAUUCAGCUCAUGUUAGGCUGGUUGUGGCCACUGAAGAUGCUCCCAUCCCACCAAUGCCCCCCCAUCUUUCCCCACUGGGUCCCCACAUCUUCCUGCCCUGGACAGGAAGACAGACCUGCAUCGGGGCAGUGGUCUGGGCUGUCACCCCCUCUCAGCACCUUCUCCCUUCACAGGCCAGAGAUGAUUUCAAAGACAUUUCCAGAUACUUCUCCAAGAAAGAAUGGACAGAGAUGGGAGACUGGGAGAAAACCCGAUACAGGAAUGUGAAAAGGAACUAUGAAGCACGGGCCGCUAUAGGUCUCAGAUCUCCUCGACAAGCUCUCACGCGUCGUCGCAGGCAGGCCACCAAGCCCCAGGUGGAUGACACUGAGGAUUCUGAUGAAGAAUGGACGCCCAGUCAGCAAGGCAAACCUUCUUGGGUGGCCUUCAGAGUGGAACGGAGUAAACACCAGAAGAUGUAUUUGAUACCCUCUGUACAUUUCUACAUUUCCUCUUCCGAGCAGGCCCAGAAACCAGUUUCCCCUCCUGGAAAAGCAAGUACCUCUGGACAUCACUCUAGAAAAAAAAUGGAACUUGUGGGAGAGGAGACUGAAGUAAAGACAUAUAACCUACGAGAAAGAAAGGGCUGUGUGUACCAAGAGGUCAGCGAGCCCCAGGAUGACGACUACCUCUAUUGUGAGAAGUGUCAGAACGUCUUCAUUGACAGUUGUGCUGCUCAUGGGCCCGCUGUGUUUAUAAAGGACACUGCAGUGGACAAGGGACAUCCCAACCGCUCAGCCCUCACUCUGCCCCCUGGGCUGAAAAUCAGACCAUCGAGCAUCCCUGAGGCUGGGCUUGGAGUGUGGAAUGAAACAUCUGAUCUGCCGUUGGGUGUGCACUUUGGCCCCUUUGAGGGCCACAUCAUAGAAGAUGAAGAGGCAGCCAACAAUGGGUAUUCCUGGCAGAUCACCACAGGGAGAAACUCCUAUUUUUACGUGGAUGGAAAGGACAAAUCUUGUGCCAAUUGGAUGAGGUAUGUAAACUGUGCCAGGUACGACGAGGAGCAGAACCUGGUGGCCUUUCAGUAUCACAAUCAGAUCUUCUACAGAACAUGCCAGGUCGUCAGGCCGGGCUGUGAACUGCUGGUCUGGUAUGGAGAUGAGUAUGGCGAGCAGCUGGGCAUCAAGCGGGGAAGCGAGUGGAAGGGAGAGCUCACAGCAGAGAGAGAACCAAAGCCAGAGAUCCAUCCCUGUGCCUCCUGCUCUCUGGCCUUCUCCAGUCAGAAAUCCCUCAGCCAGCAUGUGGAGCACUAUCACCCCUCUCAGAUCCUCCCACAAACACCUCCAGGAAAACAUCUCCAACCGGAGGAUCCCUGUCCAGGCCAACACAGCUGGAGUGACAAAACUGAAGGUCAAGAGUUCAAAGAAAGGUCCAAAACUUUGCCUAAAAGUUUAAGGCAGAAGUGGAUUUCGGGGACCUUUUCCAACCCACCCAAAGGACAAAUGGGGGGCUCCAGGACACAUAAAAUAAUGAUGGAGGCCAUCACAGGCCAGAAAGUGAAUCCAGAAGACACAGACAAAUCAUUUGUGGGGGCAGGUAUGUCAACUGGAAGAGUCAAGAACAGAGAGUGGGGUCAAGGCUGCACUGAAAGGUCAAAUCUCAUCCAACACCAGAGGACAGACACCAGAGAGAAGCCCUAUGUUUGCAGGGAGUGUGGACGGGGCUUCACGCAGACAGCACACCUCAUCCGACACGAGAGGAUACACACCGGGGAGAAGCCCUAUGUUUGUGGGGAGUGUGGGCGGGGCUUCACAGAGAAGUCAGGCCUCAUCCAACACGAAAGGAUACACACCGGAGAGAAGCCCUAUGUUUGCAAGGAGUGUGGGCGAGGCUUCACGCAGAUGGCAAACCUCAUCCAACAUGAGAGGGUACACACUGGGGAGAAGCCCUAUGUUUGCAGGGAGUGUGGGCGGGGCUUCACGCAGAGGUCACACCUCGUCGACCACAAGAGGACACACACCGGGGAGAAGCCCUAUGUUUGCAGGCAGUGUGGACGGGGCUUCACGCAGAGGUCACACCUCAUCCGACACGGGAGGACACACACCGGGGAGAAGCCCUAUGUUUGCAGGGAGUGUGGGAAGGGCUUUGCAUUCAAGUGCACUCUCAUCCAACAUGAGAGGACACACACCGGGGAGAAGCCCUAUGCUUGCAGGCAGUGUGGGCGGGGCUUCACACAGAGGGUACACCUCACCCGACACCAGAGGACACACACGGGGUAG